AUGAAAACAAAGGAUAACAAAAAUAUAGAAGAAGUUGAGGAUUACGAAAGUGAAAAUAUAAAUCAAGCGGAGGAAGAUUCAGCCCUGAAUUCACUUUACGGUGCCAAAGCCGAACUAGCUCUUUUUAAUUUUGAGUCUUUACCACGUUCGAAUCGACAUAGUGCAACCAGUACGCCCACGUCCCGUUGGUUAGCCGUCGUUCAGCCACCUAAUUUCGAACAGACAACAUUGACAGAGUGCGACCAGCGACCAGUACACCAACUCCGAUCGUCGUCUAGUGAUGUGGUUCUUGGUCUCGUACCGCACUGGCAUAGUGCAACCAGUACGCCUACGUCCCGUUGGUUAGCCUACGUCCCGUUGCUUGAAAAAAUCUCGGAUUCAGUAGUUAAUUUCUGGAAUGUAAAUGAACAUUACACACAGAAAAAGUCAGUAAACGAUCGUAAUACGCCAUCAAUAUCGGUAGAAGAGAAAGCCUGUCCACGUCCGAACACUGAUUAUGUCACACCACUACCACGGCCUAGGUCUUCAAUCAAUGACGGAUAUACAUCUAAUUGUCCGAUACUAAUAGAAUCUCCAGAACCAGACUUACGAUCGAGAAACAACAUUUUUUCGGAAAAUUACUACGACGAUGAAAUCAUAAUAAUUGAUGAUGUUAAUUUACACUUUAAAGCUGGAAAUCCAGCGGAAGAUUAUUAUUUAGAAAAGAUCAAUGUUUCUCAAAUGUUUCGAAACUAUCAAAAUGAAGCA